CUGUUAGAAAAGAAUCUCGGCCAGCUGGAUGAUGAUGGAUCUAAGCAAAUUCACCCUACUGACCGUAGCUCUGGCCAUCUUCGCCUGCCACACGUUCGCCCAUAUUGAGGAAUCCUACGAGGACUCCGAGGAGUGGUGUCCACCGGAUAAUAACAAUACAAACAACAAUACCAACAAUAAUCAGAAUAAAACCGACCAUGAUGCGAGUCUGUGCGCGAACUUCCAGCACAUUCGCGAUCUGAUCAAUCAGGAGACCUUGAUGGAGCUGAUCGAAGUGCACUACAACUGUGAUGCGAAAUUCCGGCGCGCCAUGCGGUACUACGAUACCCCGGGAUUCGUGAGGGUGACCCAGCAGCUGACGGAUACGGCUGCCUAUAAAACCGUUCUUCGCGAACUGGAAUCGGAGGGUGUGGACACGGGAGACAUCGCCAGCGUUGCGGAUAUAUUCUACUGCAUCAUCCUGCCGGUGCAGAAACCGGACCGAAACUGCGACUGCAAGGCCGUAAAGCAUCAUACCUUCGUCGGAGAUCUGCUAAACAUAAUGCCCCACCAGGAGAUCCAUAACUAUGUGGCCGAGUCUCGCGCCAACCACACUAAUUUUGGCAACUUCACACAGGCAGUGGUUUCGAAGACGUUCCAGGCCACUCUGAAGGCCAAUAUUAAGAAGCGCGAUGUCGUUAAACCGCUGCGCACCCUGCGCAAAAAUGGCUGGGACAUCCCGGAACUGCUCCGCGCCAUGCUGACCAUUUUCCAGUGGUGACCUGCUCGGUCCUCUCGCAGUUUGGGCACUUGAGUGUCCCGCUAUUGUAUGUAAACCCAAUAAAGCAACAAGUGAAAGGAA